AUGUGGUCUCUUUCUUCGCAGGCCCUCAUGGCCAGUACAGCCCUCCUGUCCUUACUGCCUUCAACCUUCGCGUCUUCAGCAGCCUGCAAUACCACCGCCCUUAACACCACUGUGGGAUUGUACCCUAUUACCGUGGAAAAUACCACCGUCUUCGAUGUUGCCAAGGCCACUAACCGGGGCGUCUGCGACAUCGGCCGUCACAACCUUAUGGCCGACGUGACGAUCAUCCCCAACGUCGGCCAGACUUUGAUCAUCCCCGCUGAGGUCUGCGAGCCCGAUAAUGAGACCUGCCUUCUGCCCAACAUCACCCGCACCCGUACUUGCAUCGACGGCGGUCCGCGUCUCUACUAUACUGUCAACGGGGAUACCCUCGACAUUGUCGCGAAACGACUGAACAUUACGACUGAGUCGCUCAUGAGUGACGAUACCAGCUUCUCGGCUGAUGAAGUGCUUGCUCCGGGUCAGUACCUCAAGGUGCCAUUGUGUUCUCCAAGUGAGUGUGUGAUUCGGCCGUUCACGUUGGAGUAUGGUGUCUACAAGGACUAUGCAGACAAGUACAACACUACUGUGGGCCAAAUUAUGAUGCUCAGCCCAACCUACAACUACAGCACGUCGCCGCUGACUGGUGCUGGGCGUCCGUCAUUGGAUCUUCCGUACAAAUGUACUACUCUGUCAAGCAACAUCACUGUGCUGUCCUAA